CAUUUUCGGGCAUUGACGCUACUACAUUUCAUGAAUUGAUGGACUGAAACUGAGUCACAUGACGAAAAUAAAACCGAACGUUCAUUUACUACAGCCUGUAAGCGGUACGUUGGUAGGGGAUAACUUAUUGCUAUUCUGAGCGGUUUGUGGGAAUAUAGACAGCUGGUAGUUCGACAGCAGAUACCGUAAAGUGAUAAAAAUAGCAGUUGUUCAAAAAGUUAAUCAAAGUUACUUUGGGUCAACAGGGUAUUUGCAGUCUUUAUUCCGCUAUCCGAUAAUGUACUGAAGUCUGGUUAUAUUAAAUUUCCUUUUUCGAAACAAACAAAACGAUUUACAGUCGCUUGCUUUUGGUCAUUUUCUUUGUAUGCAUUGGGAACGCGUGAGAUGAACCUAUUAACGCAUUAAUUUCGAACAGGUAAUUGUGUCCAUACUGAUCGUAGUUUCAGCAAGUGAACCUUUAUCACCCGCAGUGUGCACUUCAAUGUGACCAUUUCUAAAUAUAUAUUUAAUGAAUAGGUUAUAUUCGAUAUACAGAUUACUAAAUUUUAACACUUGAAAGAUAUAUUUCAAUAUGUUCAUCUUUUAUUAAUAGAACCAACGCAAACCAUGUCGAAACAUAUUUCAUUGUAAAUAAUAACUUUUGACUGCCGUCUGUUGGUAUUUGUCGCUUUCACCGAAACCGGCAAGGGCUGGUAAAACAUAAUAUAUAUACGAUAUUAUAGUGUUGCGAAAUUGAGCUAGCAAAACUGAUUUAGCCGAAUAGAAAUUGCGGAAAUAAAGAAGAUACGCGAUAACCUGACGCAAUGGCAGCCAAAUGGUGGAGGUGUAGCGUGACAAGUUGGUUGCCACAAGGUGGGCAAAAUUAGUAAUAAGCUAAAUUGAUAGCAUUUCCGUAUGCAUAUGCCAUAUUACAUGAAUUGAGAACAAGCAGAUAAUGAGUCACAUGACGUAGCCCGGGUUGCGUCACAUUGAAAAUUGCUAUAUAUUAGAACCGUCAACAUAGCACAAAAAUAAUCAGUGAAGUUGGGGUCUGCGGACUCAGAACGAAUUUUGUGUUCUACUGAAACGAAAAUUUCCGUGAAACUGAAAUUUCUCACGUUCUUUCGUGUAAAUUCAUUCCCACGGCAAAGUAUUUCCUUGACCAGGGAAAUACUAUACGUAUCUGUAGUACCGAGCUUGAGGAUUUACGACAUCGAAAAGAAUUCUCUCUACAUUUAAAUCCUUAUUCUUGAAUUGGCGUAAUUACUGUGAUUAGAUAUUUCUUUGAUUUAUUGUAAAUUGAAUACGUUUUUGUAUUUUCUGUUCAUUUUUUCUCACUUAACUGAGAAGUGUGUUACAAACAAGCGUUGCACUGAACUUUUCAUAUUAUGCAAAAUAAUGUCAGAGCGCAAAAAGAAGUUUCUACGAUGGUGCAAAGGAAUUAAAAAAGUUCCUGCAUCAGAUCCGUCAUAUGAACCUAACGACGAUGACGCAAUGAGGAAACUAUCGUUGAAUGAAACCGAAGUCGAAAAGCAAUAUAAUUCUGUUAAUGAAGAAAGAGCGCGUCUUUUCAUACAGAUGUUCGAAUUUCAUAAAGCUAUUAUUCUCCUGGAAGAAAUGCCUCCUAGCCUAGGCCAGCGACUGAUGCUGAUAGAAUGUUACUUUGAAGUCGGAAGAGAAGACGAAGCGAAACAUUGUAUAAAAAGUUUAAUAGCUUUGAUGACGUCACCACCACGACCAAAUGUCGAUGAUGUCACAGAACUUAUUGAUGGGUAUAUGAUUACUUCAUAUAAUAUUCGCGCUUUAGUGUUAUUGCAGUGCGUCUGCCAUCUCCUCCUGUUAGAAACGACUGCACAUGAAGUGGUGGUAGCUGCUAUUGAAAAUUGUUCAUAUAAAACUUACUGCAUAUUUGAAAGUUUGAUUGAACAAGGUGGUUGUGUGCAUGAAUUAACUAUGAAAUGGGGACCCAUGUUACUUCAAGACAUUUUGAAAUUACUGCGUUGUGUGAAUAUCGCAGAUAUAGACAUACGGCUUGAGCACGAGGCCAGAUGUCUUAACAACUUGGGUCUUUUAUAUCGUUGUUGUAAAGAUUAUGAAACAUCUGCGAUGUCAUUCAAAGAAGGUGCCCAAGUCUUAUCACAACUGAAAUUUCACAAAGCGACAACGUACAAGAUUCUUGGAGAUCUUCUGAAAAACAUGGGUCUGGUGCUACAUGAAACUAACAAUCUUUGCGCAGCGGAAGAGGCCUAUUUAAAGUCAUUGGACGCAUACGGAAAAGCAGAAAGAAUGGAAAGGGAAGAGAGACGUAUGAAAGUUAAAACUAUAUAAAUGCUAUACUUUAAUUUGUCAAAUUUCAGCAUUGUUCAUGUAUGCAAAAAUAGAGAAUCGCCUAUUCAUAUUUAUUAUGUUAUUCGUACAAGUUGAGACAAUAAAAUUACCUCUAUGCAAAAUGUG